UCAUAUUUUACAGGAUUUUUAGUUUAUUGCCUUAUUACUGAAAUAAAUGAAAAAUGUACUAUUAAGAUUAAAAACCUAAUAAAAUAUGUUUACAUAAGGUCAAUAAAUUAUCAGUGUUCAUAAUCAAUUGAAAACAUGUUAAUUAAGCGAUAAUCACGAAAGCAAUUAUUAUUGGUUCGCAUUUGAGUACAUCUCGUUGUGAACUCUGUAAUAUACGAAAUUAACUAAAGGCCAUGUGCAACUCCUAUGAGUGGAAUCCCUGUGAAUACCUGCUCUCAAGGAAUCCAGAAGUUAAUUAUGCCAUAAUCAUUCUGAAUACGCCCAUAAACUUCGGCUUCAACACGCAUUUCAUUGUAAAAAUGUGGAAUCAAGCCAAAAUCCGAGUUACUGUAGAUGGGGGAACAAAAAGAUGGUUGAACUGGUUAAGUUUAAAUAAAUAUGAGCUUAAAGAUAUAUUAUAUCCUGACAUGAUCACUGGUGAUAUGGAUUCUCUUCCAAAGGAUGUUUUGGAGCUAUUUGAGAAUACCAACACACAAAUCAUAUGCACUCCUGACCAAGAUAACACUGAUUUUACUAAGUCACUAAUUGAAUUGAAUGAUCAAUGCAUUAGGGAAAAUAUACAUAUAGAUACAGUAUUUGUAUUGGCUGACACAUGUGGUAGGCUUGAUCACAUAUUGGGAAAUAUCAACACUCUGUUUAAAUCUGACAAUAUAAUUAAGGACACUUCAAUAUUUCAAAUUGCUAGCAAUUCAUUGACAUGGAUACUUAGGAAAGGUGAACACAUUAUACAUAUUCCAAUUAAUUUGAGGAAAAAUCAGGAAUGGUGCGCCCUUUUGCCUAUAGGAUCACCUUGUGAAGUUUCAACCAAAGGUCUUAAAUGGAAUUUGGAAGGACAAACACUCGAAUUUAAUGGAAUUGUAAGUUCUUCCAAUACUUAUGAUAGUACUUCAGAUGUAGUUAGAAUUGUUACAAAUGAACCUUUAGUGUGGUCAAUGGGUAUAGAUACACUGUUAUAGUAUUUUAUGACCUAUAAGAAUAAUAUCAUUUUAUACUAUGAUUUUCAAUUAUUAGGUAGUCUACUAAAUUUGUAAUAUACAUAUAUGUAUAUCAUUUACAUUAAAAGUUAUUGCAUUCAAAUUUGUUAUAUAAACCAUGAUAAAUUUAUUGGUUUGUGUUUUAGUUUGUGUAUAAAUUAAACAUUGGUAAAUAGAAUCCAUAUAUUUAUAUAUGUAUACACAUACUAUAAAAUUUGGUGUUCUAAACAGGACCUAGUGACGUUUUAAUUAUUUGUUGGGAAAAAUGAUCUUGUUAUAUAUUUUUAUAUUUUUUCUAUAUAAAAUAUAUUUUAUUGGCAUUA